AUGGCUGAUUACCAAGGCUACAUCUUACUUUUCAUCACAUGUUUAGUCUCCACAAUCGUGGUUCGAGCCAUGCUCAGCAGAAAACAAAACAAGACUAACAGACCACCAAGUCCACAAAGCUUGCCCAUCAUCGGACAUCUCCACCUUCUUGCUCCAAUACCUCACCAGGCUCUUCACAAGCUCUCUACUCGCUAUGGACCCAUAAUGCACCUUUUCCUUGGUUCUGUGCCCUGUGUCGUAGCUUCCACACCAGAAGCUGCUAGAGAAUUCCUCAAAACUCACGAAAACCAUUUCUCCAACCGCCCGCAAAGUUCUGCAGUUGAUUUUCUAACAUAUGGCUCCCAGGACUUCUCCUUCGCGCCAUAUGGACCUUAUUGGAAAUUCAUGAAGAAAAUAUGCAUGUCUGAACUUCUGGGGGGGGCCACACUCAGUCAGCUUCUUCCUGUGAGGAGACAAGAAACGUUAAGGUUUCUGAGGCUUAUGCUCAAGAAAGGGAAGGCAGGUGAGGCCAUUGAUGUUGGGGGAGAACUUUUGAGACUCUCGAAUAACGUUGUGUCGAGGAUGAUUAUGAGCCAAACAUGUUCUGAAGAUGAGAGUGAAGCGGAAGAGGUGAGGAAGUUGGUGCAAGACACUGUUCUUCUCACAGGGAAGUUUAAUGUGUCGGAUUUCGUUUGGUUCUUUAAGAACUGGGACGUGCAGGGAUUCGGGAAAAGACUCCAGGAUAUUCGGGACAGGUUUGACAGCAUGAUGGAGAGGGUGAUUAAGGAGCAUGAAGAGGAAAGGAAGAAGAGAAAAGAAGUGGGAAGUGACGGAGAUGGUCAAAUCAAGGAUCUACUUCAUGUAUUAUUAGACAUACAUGAAGAUGAUAACUCUGACAUAAAAUUGACGAAAGAGAACAUCAAGGCCUUCAUCUUGGACGUGUUCAUGGCAGGAACAGACACUGCAGCCUUGACAAUCGUGUGGGCUCUGGCUGAGUUGAUUAACCACCCAUAUGUGAUGGCGAGAGCAAGGCAAGAGAUUGAUGCUGUGAUUGGAAGUGAUAGACUAGUUGAAGAAUCAGACCUUGUCAACCUUUCUUACCUACAAGCUAUAGUCAAAGAAACGCUGAGGAUUCACCCCACAGGUCCAUUAAUUGUUAGAGAAUCGUCUGAAAGCUGCACUAUUUGGGGCUACGAGAUUACACCAAAGACUCAGUUGUUUGUUAAUGUGUGGGCUAUUGGUAGGGAUCCUAAUCACUGGGAGAACCCACUUGAGUUUAGACCAGAGAGGUUUCUUAGUGAAGACGGAACUUGUAAGAACCAGUUAGAUGUGAGGGGACAAUAUUUUCACCUGAUUCCAUUUGGAAGUGGAAGAAGAGGGUGUCCUGGAACCUCACUGGCUUUGCAGGUUGUACAGACCAACCUUGCUGCUAUGAUUCAGUGCUUUGAAUGGAAGGUUGAAGGAGGCAAUGAGACUGUUGACAUGGAAGAGAAAACUGGGUUAACUCUUUCAAGGGCUCAUCCGUUGAUUUGUGUUCCUGUGCCUAGGCUUAAUCCUUUCCCUCCCCUGUGA